GCUACCUUGACACUGUUGUGGUAACGAGGUGCAGCUGCAGUAGUUGAGGAGCAGUAGACGACAAGAAGACGACAGGAGAGACUGGGCCGAUUAGUAGUUAGUCAGCGGAUACCAUCAAUGGCCCCGGUGCCUAAGAAGUGAAGAAUGGACUUCACGCUAUCGCUGCCAUGGCCAGAUCCACCAACAGAAGCGCCGAGGACGGGGAGUCAAGGGUAACCGCCCCCACGGAUCGCGUAGAGUCGCCCCGGGAACUGUCUCUGGAAGAGGUGCUGAAGUCGUACGAGCAGCCCAUCAACGAGGAGCAGGCAUGGGCGGUGUGCUACCAGUGCUGCAGCGGGUUGAGAGUGCCCCGCCCGCCGGCCGGGAGAGUCAUUCGGGUGAAAGACCCGUCCUCCAUACUCCUGCGCAGGGACGGAACCGUGGCACUGCAGCAGGAGCCCCGACACAACGAUGACACUGAUGGACCUCCUCCUCCUCCGCCUGCUGCAGAGCGUCAGCUGGUCCAGUCGCUGGGUGUGGCCAUCUACAGAGCUCUGGACUGGGGGCUGGACGACAGCGAGGAGCGGGAGCUCGGCCCGCAGCUGGAGAGCCUGAUUGAGCGCAUGGCCGGGGGGGACCAGGGGGGGGAGGAAGUCUGCACCGGCAGGAACGGCGCCACAGAUGAGGGCUACAGCGGCCAAGAAGAGGAGGAGGAGGAAGAGGAGAAGCAGGAGGGAGUGAUCAGGCCGGUGUGUACGUUCCGCCAGGUGGUGGCGCUGUGUGCGUCUCGGCUCGCCAACCCAAGCUUGGCUCCAGAGCACUACCAGGCCGUCUGCAGGGCUCUGUUUGUAGAGACUCUGGAGCUGCAGACCUUCCUCAGCAAGAUCAGAGAUGCUAAGGAGAUGCUGAAGAAGAUCACAAAAGAGGAAGCACCGGAAAACAGGCCUACAUCUGAGCUGGACGCACUGAAACACACAGACUGGGCCCGUCUGUGGGUGCAGCUGAUGAAGGAGCUCCGGCAGGGCGUGAAGCUGAAGAAGGUGCAGGAGCAGCCGUUCAACCUGCUGCCCACCGAGUUCAGCCUCACACCCUUUGAGAUGCUGAUGCAGGACAUACGAACUCGCAAGUUCCAGCUACGCAAAGUCAUGGUGGACAGUGACAUUCCCACGAGUGUAAAGAGAAAUGCCCAUGAACUGAUACUGGAUUUCAUCAGAUCAAGACCUCCACUUAAACCAGUUUCAGAGCGCAGCCUCCCCCCUCCUCCGCCGCAGCAGCAGUGCCUCCAUGACCGGGUCCUGGCCGAGAUCAAGCAGGAGAGAAAGCUCCGGCCCGUGGUCCUGCCCAGUUCCAGACCAUUUGGAUCACUGCCUUGCCUGGCUCAGACUUGUCCUUGUAAAGGUAAAUCUACUUCAUGCAUCGACCUGUCCGUGUCCGAGCCCGGGCCUCGGCCGCCGUCCCGCCCUCGCAUCCUGCUCAAGGCUCCGACUCUGGCAGAGAUGGAGGAGAUGAACAUAUCCGAGGAGGAGGAGUCCCCAGACAGCGGGGAGCUGAGGAGGGCGGAGAGCUCGCCCACCCCUCUGAAAAGAGAUCGCUCCUUUUCGGAGCACGACCUGGCCUUGCUCCGUGCCGAGAUGCUUCCUUCACUCUCUGAGUCGGCCCACCUGGGCGGGGGGGUCAGGCUGAGGGGGGAGAGGCCUCAGUCCAGGACGCUGAGCGGCGCCGGGCCGCCUCCUAACCACAGAGCUUCUCUCCCAGUUCACGGCUGGGUGCCGCCCUCUCCGGCCCGCCUGUCUCUGAGUUCAGUGGACGAGACCACGGAGGGAUCAGAGGCGGUGUCUGGCUCCAGAGCUGGAGACGAGCACCAGUGGAUGGAGGAGUUCAGCCACCCAGUGGAGAGUCUCGCAUUGACAGUGGAUGAGGUCAUCAAUGUGCGCAGAGUGCUAGUCAAAGCAGAGAUGGAGAAGUUUCUUCAGAGUAAAGAGCUUUACAGUAACCUGAAGAGAGGCAAGGUUUGCUGCUGCUGCAAAGUAAAAUUCCCUCUCUUCUCAUGGCCAUCUACCUGCUUACUGUGUAAAAGAUCUGUCUGCGGCUCCUGCAGUGCAAAGAUGAAGAUUCCCUCGAAGAAGAUGGCCCAUAUUCCUGUGUACACUGUAGGCUUCCACAGCGCCCCAAAGAGCCAUGGACACAAAAGCCAAGUCUAUAAGUCCCUGCGCAGCUUAUCCCGCCGCUCAGUGGAGGAGGAGUUCCCCCACCUGUAUGCCCACGGCUGCACGCUGCGUGACAUCUGCGCCGAAUGCACCAAAUUCGUCGCCGACGUCAUUUCUUCCAGCCGCCGGAGUCUGGACAUCCUCAACAACACUCCCAAGAGGGAGGCCAAAGCUGCUGCUGCUGCUGUCCCUCAGAGACCACUGCUGCAACGCCAAUCACACCUCAACACUUGCCCUGAUUCACAUUCUCCCCAACCUCACCCUCAGUGUCACCCUCCACCUCACCCACAGCCACAGUGUCACCCCCAGCUCCC